AUGGCUCCCACUCAUCGUCGUGGACCCUGGGUUCCUGAAGAGGACCAGUUGCUCCUUCAGUUGGUUCGCGAACAAGGCCCCAACAACUGGGUUCGCAUCUCUCAGCACAUGCACUACCGCUCGCCCAAGCAAUGCCGCGAGCGCUUCCACCAGAACCUCAAGCCCUCUUUGAACCGUGAGCCCAUCUCUGCUGAAGAGGGCUUGAUGAUCGAGCGGAUGGUGAACGAAAUGGGCAAGCGCUGGGCCGAGAUUGCACGACGCCUUGGAAACCGCAGCGACAAUGCGGUUAAGAACUGGUGGAACGGCAGCAUGAACCGCAAGAGAAGAGGUCUCCCUACCUCCAGCUCGCCUCACGCCGGACGCACAAUGCACGGACGGGUCGAGGCCCCAUAUGCGCGGGCCUCUCUGUCCAUGAGCAGCCCCAUCAGCCGCUCUCGCUACUCUUCCAUCUCCAACGACAGACCUCUGACUUCCUGGACCAAGUCUCCCUCAUCUCGGAGGGAUUCCUUCUCCGCCGCUUCCAUCGACUGCCCCCGCCAGUUGACCCCGAUCUACACACUUCCUGCUCUUAACCGCCCAGUGGAAACUCCUCUCACAUCGCCUGCCUUCUCCGAAGCUUCUUCCAUGGAACCUCCCUCGAUGAUCUCGGACCACAACUCCGUUUCUUCCUCCUCUCCCAGGACCAUCGCCUCGCCACAGCUUCUUCCCCUUCCGGUGGACAUGAGACAGCAAUACGGCGACUUCCGCAGGCAGAGCACUUCGGACGAUAUCUACGCCUAUCACGAUCUGUCGUUGAAGCAACGGUGGAUCUCCGAUCACCAGCAAUGGAACCAGCACUCUCCGCUAUCUCCCACAUGGUCUGCUCCGAUCGAAGACAAGACAGAAGCUCCGCGCGACUCGCGGAUGGGUCUUCAGAACUUGCUCAACUAA